UUGUGCAAUCCCAGCCUCUCUGUUUGCUCAGCAGAAGGUGGGGGUCAGGAGGAUGCACGUGCUCCCAACCCGUGCUGCUUCCGCUAAUCCCCCAGUCUGAGCCUCUACUGACGAGCACUGGGUGUCUGCCAGCCUAACCCCACACUGGGACCCUUCAGCCACAGACAGGACUGUCCUUGGCUCUGUGCCCACCCAACACUGAGGAGCAUGGGGCAUGUCCUCACUUCUCUCUUCUAUGUGGAGAGAAGCAUCCAGCCUCAGUCCUUCACAGUGUGCUUCAUCUGUCUGCUCCACUGCCUCUACGGUGCUUUGGCAGCAUCUGUGUCAUCACCUCUAUAUAGCUGGGAUAGGCUUCUGGCAAGAGGGAAAGGCUCCAUUGUGCUGGCACUAGGGAGGGUGAGCACUGUGCUUUGCUCUGUGUUGUCGGUGGUGACAGCUGUGGCCCUGGCAUGGACACAAUUGCCAUGCACUGUAGCUCGGACCUGGCUGAGCCUUGGCUGCCUGGCUCAGCACCAGGGGUUGGGCCCUGGGAUGGGUCAGAGCUGGGUACUACAUGCAUGCCAAGAGCUGGGAGAUGUUGCAGUCCCCUGCAGUCCCCAGGGGAUGGGCUGGUGGCAUCCUUCCAUUUGCAUCUGUGUACCAUGGCCCUGCCUUCCACUCAUGUGGGAUGUCACUUCUCCCUGACUGUGGACACAGCAGCCCAUUCCUCUGUGGAUUUCCAUCUUUCUCCUGCCUCAUGGACACAGAAGGCACUGUAUCACCCUGUCCAUUGGGAGAGGGAACCUGAGGACACUGACACAACAGCAAGCUGUCCUCCCCUACCCCUCAUCCCAACAUAUUCUUGUGUUUUUUCACUGGGGAAACAAGCUCAAUCCAACCCAGCCCAGCAUAUCUGCAAAAACAGCCCUUUGACCUACGUACUCCCCACCUGUUCCCAAGGUCUCUGCAGGUGUGGAGCUAUGGACCCCCAGGUACUCGUACAGCCUCGGGGACACUGAGUGCCUCAGGGCAACCCCGCUCCCCAGGAAUAGGCUGGAGGUCCUACCUCACCUUGGGGGGGAAGGGAUGGCCCUGGGGAGGGCUGGGGACACCGGGAGGGCAGGGCCAGAAGAUGUCCCUGAAUGUUAUCAGCCCAUCGUCUCACCCGCAGCAGGGGCUCAGCCCUCUGGCCAGACAGGGCAGGGCAUAAAGGGCUGUGUCCCCCCCAGCCCUGCACACAGGCGGUCAGGAAGGAACGUGGGCUGGGCAGCAUGGGAUGGCUGCUCUCUCCCAGGAUCUGCUUCCUCCUUCUUUUCCUCGCCCCGCGCACUGCCAUUGCGACCUCAGAUGCCGAGAAGACCCCACACUAUUGGAACGAAGGGGCCAGGAGGAGGCUGGAGGCAGCCCUGGCCUUGCAGCCAGUGGCACAGCGAGCCAAAAACAUCAUCCUCUUCAUGGGUGAUGGCAUGGGGCUGCCCACGGUGUCAGCAGCCCGGAUCUACAAGGGGCAACUGGCCGGUGGCUCGGGUGAGGAGAGCGUCUUGGCCAUGGAGACAUUUCCCCAUGUGGCCCUGGCCAAGACCUACACCAUCGACCGGCAGGUGCCCGACAGCGCCGGCACGGGCACGGCCUACCUGUGUGGGGUGAAGGCCAAUGCCAAGACGCUGGGGCUGAGCGGCGCGGCCAUCUACGGCAAAUGUCGCACAGCAUUUGGCAACGAAGUGGACUCCGUCCUGCACCGGGCCCGGCUGGCAGGUAAGUCGGUGGGCAUCGUGACCACCACACGGGUGCAACAUGCAUCCCCUGCUGCUGCCUAUGCACACUCGGCCAGCCGCAGCUGGUACGCCGAUGCCAACAUGCCUCGGGAGACCCUGCGGGAUGGCUGCAAGGACAUCGCCUACCAGCUGGUGCACAACACUGACAUCAACGUGAUCCUGGGCGGUGGGAGGGCCUACAUGUCUCCCAGGUGGACCCCAGACCCUGAGUACCCAGACGACCCGGCGCAGAAUGGCACCAGGAGGGACGGGCGGGACCUGGUGGCCGAAUGGCUCAGCACCAGGGAGGGCGCGCGCUAUGUCUGGGACAAGAAGGGCCUGGAUGCGGUUAAUGACACUUCUGUGAGCCACCUCAUGGGCCUCUUCGAGCCCAAGGACAUGAAGUACGAGCUGAACCGCAACACCACCACGGACCCCUCCAUCGUGGAAAUGACAGAGAAAGCCAUCCGCAUCCUGCGCAGGAACCCCAACGGCUUCUUCCUUUUUGUGGAAGGUGGAAGGAUUGACCACGGACACCACAGUGGCCGGGCCAAGCAGGCGCUGACAGAGGCCAUCAUGCUGGACCGGGCAGUGGCACGGGCAGGCGAGCUGACGGAGCCCUCUGACACACUGACCGUGGUGACGGCUGACCACUCACAUGUCUUCACCUUUGGGGGCAACACGCUGCGAGGAGCCUCCAUCUUCGGGUUGGCCCCUAAGAAAGCGAAGGACAAGCGAACCUAUACCAGCAUCCUCUAUGGCAAUGGGCCGGGAUACAGCAUCCGUGAUGGGGGCCGCCCAGCCGCCAGCCUUCCAGCUGUGGAGGACAAGGAUUACAGGCAGCAGGCAGCCGUCCCCCUUGACUUGGAGACCCACAGUGGGGAGGACGUGAUGGUGCUGGCUCAGGGUCCCAUGGCCCACCUCUUCCAUGGGGUGCAGGAGCAGCACUACAUUGCCCAUGCCAUUGCUUAUGCUGCGUGCCUCAAGCCUUAUGAUGCCAGAUCCCGCUGUGGUGCACCUCGUAGGGCCUCUGGCAGCACCCAGCACUCCCCACAGCUUCCACUCACUCUCCUGGCCCUCUGCAUGUCUGCCUUCAUGGUGGUGGGCUGAGAGACCCCACUGAGCCCUGCUUCAGCCCCCUGUUGUGGGCAGGAUCACAGGAAUGCAAUAAAAUGUGGGAUGUCUGGUGUCAUGUGCCAUGAGAGGGUUUGUAGCGGCAGUUGUACCUCAGUUUCCCCAGGUUGUGACUGUUGUGACUCCUAACUGGGGCCUGCAUUGGGGUGAAGCAGGAGAAGAGACAGUGGUGAGAGGUGGCCUUGUACCCACAGCUCCAUCCCUGGGUUACUGGAAGCCCACGGUACAGAGGAGUUCACACAGCUUUGAGGUGCUGUGCACAGGCUGGUACAAGGGCUGGUCCUGACAUUUAGUCCCCAUCAGCGCCUUUAUCGCUCCAGGAAGUGCCGGGUGGAGACAUCAGGAGCACCCCAAGUCCCUCCUUCUGCACCCCGUGUUCCCUCCCCUCCGCAGCACCCAGUAAUAAGGUGGCAAUGAGGUGCCAGCAGC